AUGGUCCCCGAUGUGUAUCUGCGCAUGCGGGUAUUAUAUCCGAUUCUUGAGGAAACAAAGAACAAAUUUGUCCAUUGGUUGGCUCACUUUGACGUGGCCGUUCUCCGCCAUACGACGGUAGCUCAUAACGCGAGUAUUCACUGGUCUCACUCUGUGGGUCUACGCGGGCCUGGCCAGGAGCAGGAGGCCGAUUUUGAACUUCACCUCCAUUUUUUGGGUCCUGGUCAGACCAAGCUGUGCUUUGUGACGCCUGGAUGUAAGCGGUGGGAAACCAUCUUGGAUUCCUAUGAUAUUCAUCAAAAGAUGGAUGACCUCAAUAACAAGGUCCGGCUAGGUGCUGCGGCCCUCCAUGCUGGACAUAUCGAUGUCGCUGGGUUCCUGAGGCAGAUGGCAGAUUUUCUUGCAUCAAAUAGAGACAUACUGCCUCUGGAUGUAAGGGAACCUUUGCAGGUAGCGUUUGGGCGAAAGCCUCGAGGUUCGCCCACAGAAGUUCGUGCAGUACGGUCGAAAAAAGAUGCGCUUGAACGAAUACAGAAUCUGGGUGCAGACCAGAUUACCCUCCCUGACCUGGCCUUGGAAGCCAUUAGCCUCUACAAAGAUAAUGGUUCUCUUUUCUGGCGCUAUGGCAUUCGUACGGACAACAAGCCAACUCACCAGUGCAUUCUAAGCGACCUUUAUUAUGGGAAACAACGAAACAGAACUGCAAAUAGUAUCCGUUCAGCGUUUCACUCUAUUGCAGUAUACAGAAUUCUCUGCAUAUUGAUAGAACAGUCUGGACACACGUGCUUUAGCAAGCAAGUUGCGGAGCAUUGUGCAGCAUUGAUCUUGAAUGAUAAAAGUCAUACUGCCAAUGGCGAAUUGGAAGACAUCAUAGAGAAUUUGAGAGAUGAUUAUACUAGAGGAUCGAGGUAUACUCACUACACCUCUAAGAUGGGCUAUGGUUUUAUCUUUUAUAUGUUCGCCGUCCCGUCUAGCAUAUACGAAAAAUAUCUCACCACAGCUAAUGAUGCCGGCACCGUUAUAUCUCAUCUUAAAGGUAUUGGUUUCAACGUGGACACCGAUCCAGAAACUGCCGGUAACAAUAUUAUAAAUGAUGCGGUCAGCUGCUUUAGAGCACAACUGGCAACGUUCGCGCCAAUUUGGAUAAUGCCCCGUCCAUCAGUGAAAGCCCACAAAGUAACUAAGAAACGAGCGGGGGCUAAUGUCAGAAGUCAGCGGAAGAAGACACGGAAGUUUUACAGAGGCCAAUCUACGCGGGAUCCCUCUGAUACAUCUAAUGGACGUUACGCGCGCCCUGGAUAUGCAACAAAUUACGCUAUUGGUUUUUCGAAUGACAAUAUGGCGGUCAAUACUCUUAUAGGCUCCGUCCAUCAAGCCAAUCCAGUGUCUCUAGAGAAGGAAUUCCAUCCCUCCACACCUGAAGCGAAUAAAGGGAACGAAACUCCUUCAAUCUUCAAUCAAGAUGCUGUCAACGCAGCACAACUCAUGCAGUCUUUUGGUGUGACGUCAUUUCUAAGCGCGUCGCAGUUGAUGCAAACAUUUGAUUUGGAAUCAUUUGACUUCACAAACACUGACAAAUUAACCGGAAAUCUCGACGUUGUUCAAUCAUCAAAUAAUAUUCUGCAAAAUGCUGAAAUGCCUAUGCAACGACCCAGUGUAGCCGAGUCUACCGGACUAUAG